GAGCUCUGAUGAAAGCCUGUAUCCAACGGGAAUCGUGUUCGGAGAUGAUUAGUCUUGCCUGGAUUUACCUUGUUUUGUGAAAUGAUUUGACAGGGAGCAUCCGCGGGUCUGACGGCAAACGGUGUGAGGUGCAGUCCUGCUCAGCCAUGGACACCUGUGCACGCAUUAGAGGAGUCCCAUUAAAGACCCGUGCAGCCAUUAGGAAGGAGGCCAUCCGUGACGGCUCCGUCCCUCUCCUGAAGAGCCUGCUGAAAAGCCGGAAGGAGCUUAGUGCUGUCAGUGUGGGCCUGCACUCUGGAGAUCUGCCGUGCUUGACUGAGAUCCAUUUUGUAGGUUUACCUAGUCAUUCUGAAGUAGAGGACUUACUGUCACAGGCUUUGCCGGCUGUCCCCGUUGACGUUUUGGAGUUGCUUAGAUCACUACAUGCCCAGAGUCUGAAGGAUGAAGAGGUGUUGCUCCUCAAAGAUACUAGGAAACUUCUGGAAAAUAAAGACAGUGUUUCCCAGGCUACGUGUUCAAAGGCCAUCUGCGUGUUUCGGCACUGCCGGAGUCCACAGGGCAUCGUGGGAACCAUGUCAGCCUUGCUUACGCGGUACGUGGCGGGGAUGAAGUAUGCACUGGAACUGCAGUGUCUGCAGAAGGGCGUGUCGGACGCCUGCCCGCUCGAGGACGAUGACACUAACCAGUCCGUCUCGUCCAUCGAAGAUGACUUUGUUACCGCGUUCGAGCACCUAGAGGAAGAAGAGGUGGCUGACAACUUGUCUUUUCAUAACCAACGGAACCAACGUGAUGUGGCAUCUCAGACGGGCCCGUCCCACUCUAAGGACUUCUCAGGCUCCCGCUUGAUUAUCAGCUCGUUUUCCAAGAAGCCUUCGGCAAAGAAAUCCUCUUUCUCUAAAACUCUGUCAAGUUCUGGACCGGCAUGGAACCCAGGGGAAGAGAGCCAAUGGGAUUUCUACACACCCAGCUGUCUGACAAAAGGACCUGUUGCUGCUGCAUCUGCCACAGAGUCAGACGAGUCUGACUGCUCAAGCCCAAGUCCGAUAAUCUUCUUGGAUGAAGUUAGCUACCAGAAAAGUUUGAAAGCAAAGCUUGACAUUCCUAAAAUCCCUGUUUUCAAAGAUGGGGUUGAAGACUCUGAUUCAGAAGUGAGCGAGUUUUUUGAUAGUUUUGACCAGUUUGACGAUCUGGACCAAGCUCUUGAGAGCAGCUCCAAGUUCCUCAAGGAGCCAGCAGCUGCCGUAUAUGCAGAGGACUCCAAAUGUACGUCUCGAGGCUUCUCUUCAAAAGCAAUGAACCCCCAUCGAUUUGACCACCCAACUCUUCCUGCCAACAUAAAGAAACCUACUCCACUCAAGCCAGGAUCACUUUGUGGUUCCCACUCAGAUAUUCCUGAUUCUCCACGACCAGUGAGGACUAUAACUGAUGAAACUGGGGUGCUCUUCAGUCCAGUUCGAUCUUCAGCAUUUAGUCCUUUGGGAGAAGGCAGCACCUUAGAGUAUUUUUGGAAGCCAGAUGGAGAUGGAGAAUUGCGCAAACCUCAGGAUCUCUGCACUCUCUAUAAAACAUACUCAGAUUUUGCCAAUAAUAUGUCGACGGAAAUUCUCAGAUCAGUUUGUGGAUAUUCGACUCCUGUUAAUAUGAACGUCAACAAGAACUUGAGCUGUGUUUGCCAUAAAGAAUUCAAAAAUAGCAGCGGACACCUCAUGAAAUUGUCUGAUAUUCAGGAGACAGUCACCAUAUCAAAAUCUCAGAAAUCACAAACACUGAAGGAAGGCAUACAGAAAUUUGCUACCGAUCUUGUAGAAAUGAGCCUUGGGAGUGCCUUCAGAGACCUACAGAAAGGGGUAUCUUCUUGUACCACUACACUUUGUCAUUUAGCUGCAAGAUUGACUUCUUCAGUGUUUCAAAUGGCUUUUCAUGAGAUAGGUAUGAGGCAUGCAUAUGUUUUAAAAGAACGUGCUAUUAAUGGCUUAGCAAGCUUCCUAGUUAAGGAAGCAGUAUCAGGUGCUCUCAAGGAGUUUCACUUUGUAAAAAAGCAGAUUUUCAACAACACAGUUGCCAGGUUUGCUGCAGAACUGGCAGAGGAAUUGGUGUUUGAAGGUAUAAUGGAAGUCUGUCAGUUUUCACAUCCUUCUACACCUUUGACACCAAGUGAUUGGUCCUUCGAACAGGAGGAGGAAGUGGUUUCUUCUUAUGCCUCAGACCUCUCCGAGUCUGUGCUCCAGGAAGCAUUCAUAGAGUUAUCUCAGGCUGAUGUGACCUUCACUACCCAGGCUGCCAUCAGUGUCUCGCUUGACAAUAUCCGUUAUGUCAGCUCAGAGGAUGCUGCAGAAACCACAAAGACCUGUAAUGCUACCUCUCAUUAUGUAGGAUCGACGUGUACAACUGAGGUACUAGAAUCAACAGAAAAUGACUGCACUGUGAGAAAAGCUUUAUUCUGCAUGUCUGGGAUUGCCAGUUGUGUUCCAGUGCCUGUGGCUGGGAAAGCAAUCUCUCAAUUUCAGGGCCCAGUAGAUACUUGUCAGUACAAGUCCAGUAUUUGCCAAACAUCACAAACUAGUCCUAAAAAAAGCAGCAGUUUGGAAGGAAGACUGGUGACAACAUCUGUCUCUGAGAUAUCCACAGCAACACAAACUGACUUAGUUCCCUUUGCCUCUCAAAGUGUUUACAAUGAGACAUGCACCACUGAACCAGUGGUGAGUAUAGAUUCCCAUGAAACUGUCGCUGGAAACCAGAUUUCUAAUAAGUCUGAUUUGCACAACUAUUCUGGAAACAUGGCUGAUAUGAUUGUGAGUGAAGCUUAUGAGCUCAUGACUGCUUCCAAAGUAAAGAAAUCAGAGAACGGUGCUGACAGCCUGAACAGAACUAUUGGAAGCCAGAUACCUUCUUCAGAUAAGUUGAUGCCUCAAAAUUUGGUCAGUGAAAAUGUUACCAAUUCCACUUCAAUACAUCCAGCCAUCAAAGGAACUUCGCAUUUUUCCAUACCUACCGAGGCUGAUUUUUUUCCGAUGAACAAAAAAGACAGGACACAUCAGCAUGGAAUGCACUUAAGACUUCAGGAUUCCAUGAGCCAUUGUUCAGGAUUUUAUGAUAAAUAUAACAAGCCUAAAAGCACAGGUUCUCAAAAGAGGGGAGAUGGUUCUGAUCACCCAGUCCCAUCAACCCUGAUUCCUAAUUCUGGGUCCAGAGGAAUGUGUAGAGACACUUAUGGAUCAGACCUCAGGAACAUAGGUCAGGUUACCGAGACAGCUUCUGAAAUGCGAUCCUCAUUGAUGAAGGAUACUUUAGAGGUGCCAAGUUUUGAGGCACCUAACCGAAGUGUCAAGAAGAUGCCGGCUGAAGAGAUUCCAUGUACAUCUGGGAGGAAAACGCAUGGAGUGCCAGGGACUCCACCGUCAACUCCACAGCUGCCCCUUCCAGUCUCACAGGAGAAACAUUUCAAACAGUUUUCCAAAAAGUUAAAAGGCAAGCUUGCCAAGGAAUUUUCUCCAGCCACACCUCCAUCCACCCCACAUUAUCAGCCUGCCCUAGGUCUCGUUGAAGCUAACACUGAUUCUGAGAAUGCCGACUUCUUGUUGAAGCUCAUGAGGUCUCUUUCUGAAGAGGCUGAGAAUAAUGAAGAUAGAGAGGAUCGGCAAUAUGAUAAUUCCCGUAUAGGAGCACUGGCUGGUGCUCAGGCAGAUCAAAAUGUACCAGUAGAAACUGACAAUAAGGUGGUAGAAAAGGGAGCUUUUCAUUAUGCAGAGCGUUUAGCAUGCCACAUUGUUUCCAUGGCUACUGAGAUGGACACACUGGCACUGCCACAUGGCUGGAAGUCUGAAGAUAAGCCAUGCACAGAGAACCAUACCGUACAUAGUGCCAAGUUCUCAGAGCAGACUCUGAAUUCUUUAUGGACCUAUGCUGGGGAAAUUGCAGGAGAGGUCAUCAAUGACGUCAAGAAGAUGAUUAGUUCUAGUCAGUAUAGACGUAAAGCUGUCAUGAGUAACAAGGAUGUGGUUGCUGACAGUCAGCAGAAUCAACCCGUUAGUUGCAAAAGUAACAGAUUUGGGAGUCUAGCCAACCAUUCUCAAAGUGAUUUCAUGGUCCAAGGUCCUAACUUUCAAAUGAGUGGGUCAGGUGGGCUAUCCUCCAAAUAUCCUAGCUGUGAGAGUGUAACUGAUGAAUAUACUGGGUACAUCAUCAAAGUUUUAAAAAAGGAAGGCGGCAGCAGGGAGCUUAUUUUGGAUCAGUAUGCCAGCCGCCUUGCUUACCGCUCCAUUAAGUCAGGUCUAGCACAUGCAGCCAAGAAGAUCAAGCAAAGGUCGAACCUGAAGCUUCACCCUAGCAGGAGGCCACAUUGUGAUGGAACCCAUGACGUCUGGAGGGGUUUAAUGCCAGAGGCGUCUUCUGUGGAUGAUAACAGGAAAGCGUUGUCCUCUGAUGAGGCUGUCCGAUGUACUUGUCAGAACCCAGAAGACUUGAACAGGAAAGAGUACCUGGAACUUGUAGACUUUGCGGAGUCUUUAGCAUAUAACAUCACAUGUGAUGUCACAAGAAAGCUCCGACUGUCAUCGGUUCGACUACCGAAAUCUCUGACCGAUUCCUGUCUAUACAAAAAGUCCAAACUAGAUGGUGUGACAGGCAGCCCGAUAAAAACUCACUUUUCAUGUUCCUUGCUGCCUUUUAAAGAGAAGACCAAACAAUAUCACAGCACUGGCAGCUUAAAUGACCAGAACUACAGUGACAGUGUCAUGCAAGUAAUAGAGCACUAUGCUAGGAAAAUAGUUGAUGAUACCUUGGAGAUUACACUGGCAUCAGCUAUGCCACAGGCUUCUGAAGACAGAGGACCACUGGACCAAAAUUCAUAUGCAGAGAAGCUGACAAAAACAGCAAUGAGCUCUGCACUGGCUGACAAAGCAUGUCGGUACUGCACUGUCAGGGAGCGUUCGUUGUGUAGAAAUGCUAGCAGGCAACAUUUCCAGGACAGCCUCAGCAAACAGAGGCAGGAUUUUGAGGCAGGCACCGGCUGCAAAGGGCCUCGGGUGUGUGGCCUUGAAAUUCCAAAAAUUCACAUUGACUUGGAGAAGAGGGCCGCGUAUGCCGAGGAGAUGGUGUCAUCAGCUAUUGAGAAAGCCAAGAGGGAACUGAGCAGCGCCAGUCUGAAUGCAGACAGCGGGAUCGGGCACGAUGGCGCAAGCUUUGCCGAGAGCCUCACCACAGAGAUCAUGACCUCAGCGAUAUCCAACGUCUGCCAGACCAUAAACCUUAGCAGCCCAGGGAAGGAGGGGAUGCACACUUCGGAGUCUACUGCUAGCCAACAGCUUUGUCUAAGCGUGGGUGAUGACAGUAUUGGCAGCUGGUCGAACCUCAGCUUCGAGGAGGAGCAUCCGGACGAGAGCAGCAGCUUCCUGCACCUGAGUGACAGUAAUGGGAACAGCAGUAGCUGGAGCAGUCUCGGGUUGGAAGGAGAGAUUUAUGAGGAACAUUUGUCCUUCUCCCCCUCAUACAGUGACAGCACAGAGGAUAAGGAAACUGAAGCGAGGGCGGAAUUGGAUGGGGGACCGCAUGCUGAGAGGGGCCUGCUAUUGGUCAACGUGGAUGUAGGUGAGCCAGCCCUGGACUCGCAACUCAGGGCUAUGCUACAGUGGAUCGCCGCCUCCCAGUCAGGCCUGCCAGCUGUGCGACUGGAGUUACAGCAGUUUCCUGCCGUGCUGCAGAGGGUCCUGGAGAGGGAGUGGAAGGUCGGGGAGCUCCUGCAGCUGCUCAUCAGGUACUGUGACGAGCUGGUGUCCGAGGCGGACACAGAGGCCAGCGGGGAGAGCUGUCAGAGCAAGCCGUUCUUCCAGUGGCUGAUGGAGAAUGCCUAGGUCUGCACCCACCCCUCCCCCAGACAGCCAUCGCUGCUGGAGUCCCCUGGAUCAUGAAAGCUACCCGCCACACGCAGUGAAGUGCAGUGUCCUUGCCAAAAGUAGAUGCCUAGUCAGUGGAAUGUGUCUGUUGUCUCGUGUGCUGCUUUUGCCCUAGAUGUAUCUAUCAACGUUGAGGGGGGGGGGGGGGGGGCGGCAUGUGAGUGUGCACGCACGAGUGCAUCUCGUAUGCCAUGGCUGGAAGCGCUUCUCGUAGUUUCUCGCCUCACGAUCGUUCGCCGCGUGUGUUUUUUGAUGUUCCCGUGCACAUGUCCAUAGAUAUGCGGCCGUUCGCGGCCGUCUCUGCGUUACGUGAUGUGGUCGCACCCAUUCCUCGUGUUAUGAAGAUUAGAAAUAGUCUGCCCAGUAAUAAAGAAAAAUGUGUUUUGUAUUCAUCAAGGAAUCCCAGAGCUUCAGGGAGGACCGUGCCAGUGUAAUUUCUCUUAUAAUUUCUGAGGUCAUUUCUACUUGACAGCCCAAGAAACAGCUAUCGCUUGUAUUAAUAGAUUAGCUGCAGUAAUUUAAUAUUAUGAAGAAAGUGACCCACAUAAUAUUAUUCUUGUAACUAAAUGCCAGAUGUUUUUUUUCCUUGUAAAAUCUGAACACGAAUAUGCACGGAUGCAGACUCCUCAGUCUGUGCCAUGUUGUGUCCUCUCAGAAUAUUUUUUAGAAGAGCAACCCCUAUCAUAAGAGAUUUUUCAGAACUGUUUAUUUUGAUUCUUAUAAAAGUAGUGUUUUUUACACUUGCUAUGUGCAAAAAGUGUAACGUAUUAUAUUCACACAGUAUGCAUAUAAAGUAUAGAUGUAAUUAUGGACAAUGGAUGUAAAUUCCUUAUCCCUAAUUGUUAAUUUACCUUAACUGAAAGUAAAAAUAAUUACAUUUUAUAUGUGUGUGUGUGUGUGUGUGUGUGUGUGUGUGUGUAUUUUAUAGAUAUAUAUGUAUGUAUGUAUGUAUAGUGUAUGCACACGCGCACACACACACACACAGUAUAUAUAUAAAAUGCUUCCCUUAAGGUCUUUAUUUAAAAGGGAAAUGGGCAAGUUGAACAUGAUAUAAGGAGAUAUCAUCUUUAGGAAGGCUUAGUGAAAGUUGACACAGUUUUGUGAAAUACUGGACAAUUUUGCUGAUUUGAGGACUGACCACAUUUGGCUUAACUGCCUUUGUAAUGGAGCUAAAUCUGCAUUUUAGAUGACUAGUCCUUGUUUUGGUCCUUACAGUAACACAAUGAUCACUGAAGUAUUUCUAUUGUGCAUGAAAGCACAACACAGAAUGCAGACGGCUCCCAUAUUCAUCACACACUAGAUAUGUAUUUUGAUGGUAGAUGGCAGAUAAUGGGGAAUUUUACUUGCUCCAGAUCUCUCUGUCAAUCAGUGCUCACUGUCUGACAUCCUUUCAAGGGGUUUUAGAAGAUUGUGGUACGUGAUGGACCUAGUAUUCAAAUGAUUUAUCCUGAGUAUCAAGGACAAUUUGCUAGACUUGUUAAAACUUGUUGAAAAUUUUCAUAUGCGACGAAAUAUCCAAAAAAUGCACUUUGUGAACAUUUGAGUAUUUGUAAGCCCUCCCCCCAUGGAGAAUGAAACAAUAGUUAACAGAUAUUUUUGGGAACAUUUCCGACAGCGUGGAUUUAGCAAAACCAUUCUGGGCUGUUUGUUGAUGUAUUUUAAGUGCUGCAGUCCCAGUUUCUCAUUGUGGAUGGUGCAUUAUACUUACCUUAUAUUGGUAUGACCGCCUCUCAUGUAUAGCCCAUAUGACGUAUGACCGCCUCUCAUGUAUAGCCCAUAUGACGUAUGAUCUCCUCUCAUGUAUAGCCCAUAUGACGUAUGACUGCCUCUCAUGUAUAGCCCAUAUGAUGUAUGAUCUCCUCUCAUGUAUAGCCCAUAUGACAUACACCUGCACAACUCACUGACUUAGGCCAGCUGCAAGAUUCCGCCCUUCUCUGUGAACCUCGGUGAUGUGGUUGGGUAGGAAGCCUUAUCAGUGCAAUACAAUGCAGCAUAAUGUAUUACAGUAAGUGCCAAGCAGCCCAUCAGUGAACCAACACUAAUGGUAAUGUAGUACUUUAUCUAUUCAGUUACCCGAAAAUACACCGUGGACAAAUCCUGGCAUUACAAUGUCUUCACACAUUUGUAUGUGUGAUAUUUAGUUUAAUACUGGCCUGGUUGUAAUUCCUGAAUCGUAUUCAACUUUAUGACAAAUUCAGCCAAAGGUCUGAGCAAGUGUCUCAAAAAUUAGGAAUAAAAGAGGUUGGUCCUUUUACAGAUAAUCUUGCGUAUUUUGCAUAUAGUGCAUAUUUUGGGCAACAGGUAGAUACUUGUAAAUACAGAAGAUACUUAUUAUAUUUGGGUUUUUCGAGCCAGCAGGAAGGAAUAAUGUCAUUUUCUUUUGCUGUAAUUGUAAUAUUGAGGCCUGUGUGUUUAGCCUCUUGUACUUUGUCACUUUAUUUGAUGUAUCAUUUGCAUACAUGUAUAUCUCUAAAAUAACCCAAUGCCAUUUUGUGUUCAUGCUGAAUGUGUUCAUAGAAAUUUGAAGGUUAGCAUUUUGUAAUGUGUAGUGCGAUUCUCAUCUUAUCAGACAUUGUAGCAAGUUAACAACAUGCUUACUGACAUAUAUUUUUCUUGUGUAUUUGUAUAAUCUUGCCAAAUAAGAUAUUUAUUUAUGUAAGUUAUAAUAGUGAAUACACUACUUGUCACUUAUUGAUAUUGCUAAAUAGUUUAUGGAUUAUAAGCUUAAUGUCAAAGCACUAUAUUUGUCAUUGUUUAAGAUGUGGCUUAAAAUAAAGCGUUUUCAUGUGUAAA